AUGGACGAGGGGCAAUCAGUCGACUGGCAACUGCCGGACGUGACUCUCGCAAUAAACGGCACCAAGGAUCAAGUGUAUCUUAGCCAACUCAUUAGUAACCAACGCGUUUUAAUCAUAGGCUGUCCCGGUGCCUUCUUGCCUACGUGUACCGAAAAGCACAUACCAGGUUACCGAGAUUUUAUGCCUUUACUAAGGAAGGCUGUUGACCGGGUAGUGUGUGUUGCUGUCAAUGAUCCUUACGUAUUAAAAGAAUGGGCGUCAGAGCUUAACUGUCCUCCUGAUUUCCUAUUGGUUGCGGACUGGCAGGGGAAAUUAACGUCAACACUAGGGCUUGAGUUGGACGCACGUGCAUAUCACAUGGGUUCAAGGUGUCGACGGUUUUGUCUAUUGGUUGAACACGGUGUUGUGGUUUGGUUCGGUUUGGAGGAAGACGCAUUUGUGGAGCGUUUAGCCGUUGUACUCAGACAUCUCGAUCUCAUUAGCGCUUCAGAAUUGAACGAAAUCCAGACCCGAUUUUUUUAA